GCUUGGGAUGGGACUCUGUCCUUCCUUCUCGCUCACCGGCUACGGCCCCCGCCAUGGCGCGCAACUUCGAGCUCCUCUUUGACUCCCUUGGACACUUCGGCAGAUACCAGGCAUGGAUUUAUUUGGCAGCUGCAUUUCAGUCUAUCUCUUGUGGCAUCCACUACUUAGCUUCUGUCUUCUUGGCUGUUACACCAAAAUUUGUAUGUGGUGUCCUUGGAAAUGUGAGCAGUGUUCUGAUUUACAAUUCAUCUGUUUCAAGAAUAGAGGAUGCCUGGACACUGUGGACAUCAACACAAAGUUAUAUGUUGGUCCAUCUGGAGAAUGGAGAAGUUUGGGAACUUAAUCAGUGUAGCAGGUCUAGACGAGCAGAUCCCUUGGAUUUCACUUAUGAAUACAGUGGCAACAAGACUGAUUUUACAUGUACUGAUGGAUUCAUCUAUGACCGGACCAAAUGGCAGAGCACCAUUGUCACAGAGUGGGAUUUAGUCUGUCAGCGGGAAUGGCUCGCAAAACUAACACAGCCCACAUUCAUGCUGGGAGUCCUUUUUGGAGCUGUGAUUUUUGGAGACAUUGCAGACAGAACAGGGAGACGACAUGUAAUGUGGUUUACAAGUACUGGACAGUUCUUAUUUGGUGUUGCAGUGGCAUUCACAUUUGACUACUAUAGUUUUGUGAUUGUCCGUUUCCUCCUUGCAAUGGUUUCAAGUGGUUAUCUGGUUGUAGUGUUUGUUUAUGUGACUGAAUAUGUUGGCAUAAAGUAUCGCACGUGGGCAUCCAUGCAUAUCCAUGCAUUUUUUGCUGUGGGGAUUAUGGUUGUGGCCCUGGUAGGCUAUUUGGCUGACACCUGGUGGGUGUACCAGAUAUGUCUUUCCUUAACAACUGUCCCCUUUGUCUUGUGCUGCUGGAUGCUCCCAGAGACCCCCUUCUGGCUGCUCACGGAAGGAAGAUAUGAAGAAGCCCAAAAAGUAAUUAAUAUAAUGGCAAGGUGGAAUAAAGUAAGCACCCCUUGUAAAAUUUCUGAACUGUGUUCACUCCAAGGCGAUCUAGUCAGUAGCACAACGGGUGAUAAUAACCAUUUUCCCAUGAAGAAGCACAACAUCUUAGAUCUGUUUCGUAACUGGCACAUUGCAAGAAGGACCAUUACAGUUUGGCUGGUUUGGUUCACUGGGAGUUUAGGAUAUUAUGUAUUCUCCCUCAGUUCCGUGAACCUUGGAGGCAAUGAAUAUUUAAAUCUUUUCCUUAUAGGUGCUGUGGAAAUUCCUGCAUAUGUCAUCGCUUGCCUAGGAAUGGACAGACUGGGAAGAAGGAAUACAUUGAUCCCAUUCCUCAUAUCAAGUGCUGUGACCUGUGCUCUGUUAAUGUUGAUACCUCAGGAUUUCAGAAUAUUAAAUAUCAUAGCAAAUAUGGUUGGGAAGUUUACAAUAGGUGUUGCAUUUGGCCUAAUUUACCUGUAUACAGCAGAGCUUUAUCCUACAGUUGUCAGGUCCCUUGCUGUUGGAAGUGGGAGCAUGAUGUGCCGUGUAGGAAGUGUGGUGGCACCUUUCUGUGUCUAUCUGUCAAGUGUCUGGAUUUUUAUGCCACAGAUGAUUGUUGGAAUUGUGGCCUUUGUGAGCGGAUUAUUAACAUUGAUGCUGCCAGAAACUCUUGGAAAACCACUGACAAAUACUUGGGCAGAAGCUAUAGAACUUGGUGCUAGCAGCAGUGGCAGCACAGAAAAACCUCCUCCAGCACAGAGUGGUAGAGCAUCAGAAAAGACUGAGAUGCUGAGCCUAGAGACAAAUGGCAUCGACCAAUAAGAGUGCUGUUUUCAUCUUAGUUACCACCAUGUAUUGUACUGAGCUUCUUUAUUGGUAGUAUACAGCACCAUGGAUACAUUUUAUUGGUAGUAUACAUGCACCAUACUCUAUAUACUCUCUUGCCAUAUCAAGAAAGGAGACAUAAAAAUAGACUUGUAGAAAAUGUUUUGGAGCUGCUCUGAAGUAUCCGGUUAAUAUUUGGAGCGAAUAAUGUUUAUUUUAAGAGGUAUUUUUGCAAGAUUCAUAAAAAAUACUUAAAACUUUUAUCUUUCAUAUCCUUCUGCCUUCUUUGUCACCUAAUUAAAAACCCUGUGCUAACAACAAGGUCAGGAUUCUGAAUUGGUGCUUUCAUAUGUUUGAAGCACUGACAUAAUUCUUGUAGAACAAAGGAAAAAGUGUAAUUGUGCAGUGAUCUCUUAGUAAGUGAUAGGUACAGAGUUAGGCUUUUGUCUACUUGCUUAGAAUCAUGGUUAUUUAAGAAGUUGGGCUACAACUUCUGAUGGAAACCUACAUUUGUAGGAUGUGCAGGUGGUAUGCAUGUUCUUUUAAUACUAAAGGAGAUAUUCUGUUAGUAAAACAGAAUGUUGACUGUAUAUUAGUCUUAGUCAUAUAUGCCUAGCAUGGGUAAAAUGACUGCCUUAAAAAGAUCUCACACCAGACUUCUUUUUCCCUCUCUUCAUUUCACUUAAAAUCUUAAAGCAGUUUAUAGAGACUGAAGAUACAGCUCUACAAGUCUUGGAGGUAGCAUGAAAAUACUUAGAAAUAAAUUUGUAGACAUUCCUUGUGGUUGGUUACAGUUAACCAAUGGUCUAUGAUACACUCCUCUGAAUUCAUUUAAGCCCUAUUGGGUUAGGGUUGCCAACCCCCAGGUACAGUUGGGGGUUCCCCUGCUUCUGGGGGCUUCAAUCUACCCUGGCCAGAUGGCCUGCAGGGAAGCCCCACCCUCAAGAGCGACCAUCUGCCUGGCCAUCUUUUUGUGAGUGAGCAUGCGGCCUGCCACUGCCUCUUUCUCUCCCUCCUGCUAGAUUUAAAGGGCCCUCCAGCUGGUUGGCGGGCUACAUGGUCCCUGCUGAUCAGCUGAAGCUUGUCGUUCUUGGAGGCGGGGCAUGGGGACAUCUCCGCCCACCCCUGGAAUGCCCCCCCAAUCCCCCCACUCAUGGUGCUCCAAGGCUGCUUUUUCUACAUGCAAGUACUGUGACCACCACCAGCAGCUCUGUACAAGAAGGCGAACAUGCAGAAAAGAACUCUGUCUGGCAGUUAAUGGGAAUCAACUCGUAGUCUUCACUGAAAUCUUGUCUUUGUGAGCCAAAGACUUCCAAAAAUACACAGACCCAUAGGAGGAUUUUAUGAGUAAUUACUUUGUUUCAUUCAGUUGAAACAGAUAUGAAAUAUGGCAUGUACUAGAUUAGAUAUGCACCAGAACAAGUUGCAGAGCAGGGUCUGGGUCUCCAGAUCACAGGUCUUCGGCUCCUUGACUGAUGUUAAGAGAACAUAAGAACAUAAGAGAAGCCAAUGCUGGAUCAGGCCAAUGACCCAUCCAAUC